CACGAACAGUAUCUAAUCUUUGGCCUUGCCUGUGCUUUCCUAGAUUAUUCAAAGGCUCGAGAGGAGCAAGCAACCUUUACAACAUGGCCGACAUUCAAUACUGGGAUGAUACGCUGACGGAAGAAAUCGAGAACGUCCAGUCCAUGCUGGACCACAUUAGCAAGAUGAACGGGCACAACCCGAUGGAGCGGCAGUCUGCGAUUGACCGGGCCAAGGCCCGUUUGCGUUCCGCCACCGGCACCAAGCGCUCGUUCAAAAUGGAAUGUCGUCUCGUCCAGGACGUCAACGGUCGUCGUAAGUAUGAAAAACGACUGGCCUCUUUGGAUCAAACGCUCAAAAUGCUCUCCGCUGAUCUCAAGGCACUCGAGUCGGAGCAAGCCCGGGGUGAACUCUUCGUGUCUGCUGAUUACGACGACGACAAUCCGUUCAAACGUCAAGAAAUGGACGGCGCUCAAGCCGGUGACAGUAUGCUCAAGGAAGCCAGUGGCAUUCAGGACAAAACUCAAGAAUCGCUGAUGAACACUAGAAAUCGGAUUACCGAAUCGAAAGAAGUAGGUAUUUCUACCCUCGAAGAACUCGAACGACAACGGGACGUGAUUAAUUCUAUCGAAAAAGAGACGGACCGGAUUGACGACAACUUGGCGCGGGCCGAAGUCUUAUUGAAGCAGUUUGGCAAGCGUAUGGCGUCGGAUCAUUUCAUUCAGUGCUUUGCGCUUAUUAACUGUCUGCUCCUAUUGGGAGUCGUCCUGUACGCUGUUAUAAAAGGAGGUGGACUGGGACUGGGCAAUAGUGGGACACCCGCCAGUCCCGUGGAUGGCGAUAGCGGUACCGCUCGCUUGUUGUUUUUGCGGAGAGGUGCGUAGGGACUUGCGACCAUUGUCGGCGCUGAGCUCCGGCACGGACGCGCUACGGCAUUGCAUCACUCUAUACACGUUUUAUUGUGGUUGUCGUCCCGUAUGGGAUUGAGUAUUGCAGGAUGCAUCUAAUAAUCUAGCAGAUAUUCCCUUUACAAUCUGGUUUGUAUAAG